AUGGAGGCGCAGUCGCUGCCCGCGGCGCUGGCGCUGGUGGCCGGCGGCGGCGUGGGGCUCAGCCCGGAGCGGCGGGCGGCUUUGGGCGCCUCGCUGCCGCUGGUGCAGCGCGACUACCGCUUCGAGCGGGUCUGGUUCUGGGGCUGCAUCCAGGGCCUGCGCGGCGCCUACUACAUCGCCGAGGGGCUGGGCCCCGACCGCGCCGCGCCCCGCUGCCGCCUGUACAGCUUGAACUGCUUGGACUGGAGCCUCCUGACGCCGGCCACCAAGGAGAUGCUUGCACUGGCUGAGCAGGUGAAGGGCCGCUUUCAGGGCGAUCCUUCUUUUGAGUACAACUUGUCUGAGAUAAACGCAGAAGCUGCUGCAAGACUGAUGGAAAGUGGGAAGGAGCCUGUGAUGAAGGAGGAGGCCCGCCUCAUAGCUACGAUAGAACAGAUAGACAGAGAAGUUGGUAUCGUCCCCCGGGGGGCAUUUGUGAAGACUCCUCUUGGGUCUGUGCAUGAAAACAGACACUUUGAAGGUCUGUCUUUGGUGGAGGCAAAAAAGUUAAGUUCCUAUUUCCAUUUCACUGAGCCUGUUAACCUGAAGAAUAAAACCCUGCUGGAAAAGGCCAACCUGGACCCAUCCAUCGACUUUCUAGAUUCUCUGGAGCAUGAUAUCCCACGAGGCUCCUGGAGUAUCCAGCUGGAGAAGGGAGGCACUGUGGUGGUGCUGCGGAGCCUGCUGUGGCUGGGACUGACAUUCUACCAUGUCCCAAUGACCAAGCAAUUUGGCUACGUCUACUUUGGCACUGGUGAGAAGAAUCUUGAUCUGCCCUUCAUGCUGUGACUCUUCUGUCUGUUCUUUUCAAGAACUAGAAAAGAUCUAGAUUUUAUACUUAGGAAAUUUUGUUUACUGCUUGUUCUAAUAAAAAUGUGAAACCUCUGCACUUUGAGCAGGAUUCUUUUGUGUCUGGAUGCUGGCCUUGAUUCUUCUCCUAGGACUUCAUUGUAUGCAAUCCUCCCCAGCUCCAGACUGAAUUCAGAGAAUCACAGAAUAUUCUGAGUUGGAAGGGACCCACAAGGCUUGUUGAGUUCAGCUCUUAAGUGAUUUGGGAUUGAACACAACCUUGGCGUUAUUAGCACCAAGUUCUCUCUGUAAUGUGUCACUGUGGAUCCUUCAGAUAGUAAUAAAUGGCAUUUUCUUCCCUGACAGGCAAGCUCUAGGUCAGAAAUCAAACCUAAGCCAUCUGUCUGAUUACAAAAGCACCUUGCUUACACAAGAACUAAUUCGGAAACAUGAAUGAAUACCUGCUGUCACCUAUGAAUGACAAAAACAGAGGGAGUCAGAGUAAAACGCUGAUGUGUAC